AUGUCGUCGUCGUCUGAGGUUGAUAAUAUCGUCGCGAUUCUCAAGGGAGUCGAGGCCUCCUCCUUCCAGAGUGAGGCUGACCGCGUCCGUUUUCGUGAUGCGCUCUUCGCCACGCUUAGAAAGGUCCAGACGCCAUGGGACAUUGUCUGGGAGCACAACUGGGUCAACGGUACCACAAAUGCCAGCAUCAAGACCCUCAUCGACGCCGGCGUCUUCCCCAAGAUGGUGGAGAAUGACUGUGCACCCAAGACGUCCGCCGAGCUGGCCAAGUUGACGGGUGCCGAUGAGAAGCUUCUCUGGGGUCGUCAAUCUGCACCACGGAAGCUAAGACGCAGAAACACUCUAGGCCGCCUGUUGUCACAGAUCUCCGGACAGAAUCUCGUGAUCGAGACUGCCGAAGACACAUUCGCGCCCACAGAAUGGGUCAAGGGCCUCGUGGCCGACCCGGCCCUGAACUCGACAUACGGCAGCUUCUACAGCGACCUCAACAGCCCAAUCUUCUGCGCGCUGCCGUUCUUCCUCAAGGAGACGGGCUUCAGGAACCCGACCGACGCCAAUAGCUCCAACUUCCAGUACUGGCAGGCCGACCCCAACAUCAACUUCUUCAACUUUGUCGGCACAAACAAGAAGCUGACGGCAUCCUUCAACGACGCCAUGGAGUGCCACUCCAGGUACAACCUCACUCCCUGGCCCGAGGUGUACCCCACCGAGACCCUGGUCGCUGAUCUGAAGACUGACCGUCCCGUCAUCGUCGAUCUCGGCGGCGGCAAGGGCCACGACCUGCAAAAGUUUAGCGACCGCCACCCAGACCUCCCCAAGGGCUCACUCGUCCUGCAGGACCUCGGCGAUAUCCUGACCCAUGUGAAGACGUCGGAUUCCAUCUCGGUACAGCCGCACGACUUCUUCACCCCCGAGCCCAUCAAGGGCGCCCGCGCCUACUUUAUGCACAACGUCCUGCACGACUGGGAGGACUCCAAGGCUGUCAAGAUACUGAAAAACAUUGCUGGCUCGAUGGAGAGAGGCUACUCCAAGGUCCUGAUCCACGAGAGUCUUGUCAGCUCUGUUGCCCCUGCUUCUCGGGUCACCGUAUCCGACAUCACUGUCAUGGCCUGCUUGUCGGCAAAGGAGAGGACCGAGAAGGAGUGGCACAGCCUUCUCGAAGAGGCUGGCCUCGAGAUUGUCAAGAUCUGGAGGCCUAUCCACUCUGUUGAGAGUGUUAUCGAGGCCGAGCUCGCAUAA